UUAAUUUGAAGGAAACCCCGUGGAUCAGUCGGAGAGAUCGUCAGCUGAGUGCUCGGGAAGUCUGAACAGCGUCGUGAGGAAACACUUCAGGAGCCAUGGCAGACAGGUCCGAUAUUGUACAGAUGGCCAAAUUUGCCGAGCAGGCUGAGCGAUAUGAUGACAUGGUUGCAGAAAUGAAGAAGGUCGCAAUGAGCGCGAAGGACAGUCCGCUCAGCUACGAUGAGCGCAACUUGCUCUCAGUUGCCUACAAGAAUGUGGUGGGGGCAAAGAGGUCCUCCUGGAGGAUGCUUUACAAUCAUGAGCAGAACGUCAGCGAUAAACCAUUGGUAACGGAGUACAAAGAGCAAAUUGAGAAGGAGCUGAAAGAAGUCUGCGAUGAUGUUGUGAAACUGCUUGAUGACCAUCUGAUCCCGUCCUGCGAGUCAGACAAUGAAAGCAAAGUCUUCUUCCUGAAGAUGAAGGGAGACUACUACCGCUACUUGGCUGAAGUCAACCAGAGUGAUGAAGUAAACAAAGAGAAUUCCAAAGACGCCUACAACAUGGCAUUGGAUCUGAGCAAAAAAACAAUGGAACCUGCAAAUCCAAUUCGCCUGGGCCUUGCCCUCAACUUCUCCGUCUUCUACUAUGAGAUUGUCCGUUCACGCGAGGAAGCCUGCAAACUGGCCCGGGAGGCCUAUGAUGAUGCUAAAGCACAGAUGAAUAACGCUGAAAAUGACACCAAAGACAGCUACAAAGACAGCAAAUUGAUCAUGCAGCUCCUACGAGACAAUCUGACGCUGUGGGUGUCGGAGAAUACAGAAGAGGGAGAAGAAUUGGAGCAGACAACUGAGAAUUGAACUUCAGACAAAGACGAACAAAAACACAAUUCUUUACCUCUCACCAGCCUAAAUUGUGUGUGUGUAGCUGUGUAUGCACUUGCAUGCACAGAUAUGUAUGUUUACACUCCACUCACAAUGUGAGUGUGUGUGUGUGUGUGUGUGUUGUAUGUGCACAUCCACUGAAACAAGAAUGGAAUAGAUGUGUUUUUUUGUUUUCUAAGGAAAGGGGUAAUUACACAUUGUGUGAACCAGUGGAUCUUUGUUUUUCCUUGUCCAUGGGGUUAGUCUCCCUCCUUUAGAUCCAAAUCAGCCUCAUUCUCUUUAACCUUACUUACUGUAGCAAACUGCUGCUGUCGUACGAAAAACGCAAUCAGAAAAGACAAACUCUAGUUUUGAUAAUUUAUGCUUUUACUUGAACAUUUACAAUGUUUGUAAUACUCGGGUCAGCAACAUUGUGUACCAAAUGUUAAAGUGGUCAUUGCAGUCCCCGUGAAUGAAUUCUCAUCCGAUUUUAGCAGUGAUGAUAGGGAUGCAGGACUCGUCUGGGUAAAGGUCUGUUACAACAUUGCUUGUAUUCUUCCCACACUGUUGGUGUAGCAGGUAGUGAUUUUUAUCUUUUCACAGAUGGUACAUGUCAUGGCUCCGUGGGUUCUCUGUCCAUUUAGUCCAUUUAGGCACUGGAUAUUUUUUUCUUUUCUUUUGAAUGAAUGACCACUUGUGAAAAGUAGUUCAACGUUUGUUUGUUUUUUGGAGAGAAUUACAUUCCAUUAUAACGCCCUGCAUUUUUUUCUUAAUACAUGACAAGAUCUAGACAGAUUAAGAUAAAAUAAACAUGUUUAUAAUGGCUCAGUACUGAAACUUUUGAUAUUUUAUCUGUUCAACAGUACACAUUACCUUUGCCGUGUUCUUUUAUGUGGUUUUCUACUUCUUUUUUUUCUUUCUCUAUUCAAUACAGGUGUUUUUAUAUGUUCUUUUUGUGUAUUUUAUUCAUUUAUCUCUUGGUUGGACUCCUGGAAUAUAAAAGUUUCUCUGUAGUCUGGUGUUGGGGUUAGCAGUGCUUUGAUACUGGCAGUUUUUGCCUCGGUUUUAGCUUGAACCAGGGGGUUUACAAUAACAUUUUUCUAACCAAAAGCUACAUUGUGCAAAGACAAAUUAAUUCUGACUAUAAAUUGGCGGUAACAUGUAAAAGUGUGUGCCAUUUUCUUCUACUUGCAGUGUCUUGGUUUUAAAAGAAGCGGUGCCUGGUUGAGACUUUGCAAGUUGCACUCUGGGUGUGUUAUUUGGCUUUCAUGCAAGUGGAAUUAAUUAAAACAUUUAAAUCAA